AUGGACAUAUUCUCUGAGGCCAGCCUGCCCGCCGUGGCAAUGGCAUCAGCCAUGUCUGUGGCUGCGGGUGCAUAUUUGAAUGCCAAGCUCUCGAUCUCCACAGACUUGUCAGCCCACUUCAAUGAUAAGGCAUUUGGCAAACGAAUUGGGGAGCGAAUGGGACAGCUCGGCGAUACGGUCACCAUCUACAAGAUGCUCGAAAGAGUGGUCGAUGUGGAGGGUCAGGGAUCUGCAGAUGCUGUGUGGUUCGAGCAGAAAACUUGGUCAUAUACGCAACUAAAAGACUUGGUGGAUCGCUUUGCAGCGCUCCUGCAUGCACGAGGCGUUGCAUCUGGAGAUUUCAUUGGUGUAUUUACCACAAACUCGCCUGAAAUGGUCGUGGUACUUUAUGCAUUAUCAAAAUUGGGCGCUGUUUCUGCGAUGAUUAACACCAAUCUGCGAGAUGACACUUUUGUCCACUGCCUCAAUGUCUCAGGUGCUAAAUCGAUCAUUUCAACACCUGAUCUGGCAGAGCAUGUUUGUGGUGACUUACCACACUUAUCAUUCAACUUUUCCUCUUUCGACGGAGUUUCCACUGGCUCUGUGGAACUAGUGACAUCCACAGAAUUGCAGCAAUUCUCACCAUCAGGCUUAUCAGCAGCCAAGCGUGGUCCCAAAGAUCCAAGCGCUCUGAUCUACACAUCAGGCACUACAGGAAAGCCGAAGGCAUGCGCGAUCCUGAAUAUGCUCACAGUGAUUGUCUCCACUCCACUGUCAUCAGAUGCAAAAAACAAGUCCAAGUACUUCCCCUUGCGAACAUAUUCAUCCCUUCCACUUUUCCACGGCACCGCCUUUUUCACCGGAGUAUGCUACUCCGUAGGAACUUGCGGAACGCUUUGUCUGCGACGCAGGUUUUCUGCAUCGCAAUUCUGGAAGGAUGUACAUGAUUCGCGGGCCAACAAGAUUCUGUACAUCGGUGAGUUGUGUCGGUACCUUCUCUCCACCCCACCUUCUCCGUAUGAUCGUAACCACGGCUGCCUUGUUGCAGCGGGCAACGGAUUGCGCGGUGAGAUCUGGGAAAAAUUCAAGACUCGAUUCGGCGUCCCUGAGAUCCGCGAGUUCUAUAGAUCCACAGAAGGUGUUGCCAAGUUCGAUAACCAUGGUGUCGGAGUCUGGGGCGCUGGAAAGGUCGGAUUCUCCGGUCCCAUUCGUCGGUAUAUGGAGGAUGAUACUUUCAUCGUGAAAUAUGAUACAGAUUCCGAGAUGCCAUGGCGAGACCCUAGCACUGGGUUUUGUGUGAGAGCGAAACUUAAUGAGGAAGGUGAGGCUAUUGGGCGCGUUCGGGAUCGUGGAUUCUUAAUCGAGUACCUUGGGAAUGAAGACGCGACGGAGAAAAAGCUUCUCCGAGAUGUUUUCGAAAAGGGUGACCUGUUCCAGCGGACAGGCGAUCUUGUUGUUCAGGAUUCGUCGGGCUGGAUUCGAUUCCAGGAUCGCGUGGGUGAUACAUUCCGUUGGAAGGGAGAGAAUGUCAGUGCGGGUGAGAUCCGGGAUCACAUCUGUCGGAUCGAUGGUGUCCAUGAUGCCGUGGUAUACGGUGUGAAGCUUGCUGGAUACGAUGGUCAAGCUGGUGCUGCUGGCAUCACUCUAGAGGAGCAUUCACCUGCUGUUCACAAUGAGUUCGCUGCCAAACUUUACCCGGAGUUAAAGAGCAAGGGUAUACCAUCGUAUGCCUUCCCUCGUCUUGUUAGGUUCACAGAGAAGGUGGCAACUGGUGUCACUUUCAAACAGGCUAAGGGAGACUUGGUAAAGAAGAGUUGGGAUCCCCGAAAGGAUUCUUCAGGUGAUGGCUUGUACUGGUUGAAUGGAACUAAAUACGAGCAGUUGGUAGAUGCGGGCUGGACUAGCAUUGAGGAUGGAAAGGCCAAGCUAUGA